ACGUGAUUCAGUCCAAUGCUGUCGUUCUGGAGAGCACGCGCCCCUUGUCAUUGAUAUGUGGGCUCAUCUUUUCUGUUGCCCAGCCGCAGAGCUGGCUCCCUCAGUGCCUUCUACAGCAAUACAGCCACCACCACCCUUGCCAUCCCCAUGCUGGGCGCUGCCGCCUGCUCUUUCAUUGCUCAAUAAGUACAUGUCCUGUCCUUUCUUGCGUCAAACUUGAUAGCCGUGCUUCCGCUUUAAGAACCGUAUUAGGUCCCUGCUUUCAAUCAACUGGUGCACAAUAUGCGUUGGCUUUCGACAACGUUGGACGAAUCCCGCUUGUUCACCCAACUUAAGUGCCCACUCUCAGCCAUCAAGCGCGUCAUCUCCCAACUUUGCCCAGAAGACCUUGUCACAGAAGAAAAUGUCAAGUGCCCACGUCUCAGAAGGGGAUGCCCAAUCCCCCGCCGCUGAGGAGGCGAUCCCCCAACCACCCAAGACGCGCCUCGAAGCAGCCGAGAUGAAGCUAGCAGAGCUCGGGUACCACUUCAACGACGCGCUGCAGAUGCGCCAGGUGGCAAACGAUGAGCCGUUUGAAUUCCGCACGCAGGCGCACUAUGAGGAGUUGGGCGACUCUGUAGCAGAUUACAUCCAGGAACUAAUGUUGGUAAAGUACGGGAUGCAACGGUGGAUCCUGCCGGUGGGGCGGGGCCCGAAACGAGUGAGAGUUUUGGAAGCUGAUGAGGAGGACGAGGGGGAGGGGGUGCCAAUCUUUGUGUCGGAGAAUGCAAAGGAAGCGCAGGCGGUGCUGGUGCUUGUGUGUGGCAGCGGUGCUGUGAUGGCCGGCCAGUGGGCCCGCAAGCUGUGCAUGAACGACUCCCUUCAUCAGGGCUCCGUCAUCCCACUCCUAGUUUGGGCGGCGCAGCGCGAAGUCGCAACCGUCGUUCUGAAUCCCAAUUUCCGGCUCUCUGGGGGCGCGAGAAUGAACGCGGAACUGCACGUGGUUCAAGCGUGGGAUCAAGUGAUUGCGGGACUCCCGGUGAAACACGUGGCGAUGGUCGCGCACUCGUACGGGGGGGUGUGCGCGUGCCGGCUGCUCAGCGAACGCGAGGAGGAGGUAUUGCCCCGCCUGCGCUGCAUCGCCUUUACCGAUUCGGUGCAUGGCACGUGGGGCCCGGACAUUCUCUCGUCCGCCUCGAAGCGCUUCUUCGUCCGGCACUGCGUCAACUGGGCACAGAGCGAGGCACCGCUUAACACGCUGAUGGAGAAGGCGUAUCUUCCGGCGGAAGACAAGGAUCCGGAAUCGGAAACGGAAGGGGAAAUGCAACCCGCUUGGACACCUGGAGCGAAGGCUGCAAUGGGAACCGGUGUCAGAACGGGGCAGAAAAUACACACGGAGACGGGCACGGAAAUGGAAACGGAAACGAAAACGGAAACGGAGCGGGAGCCAGAGGCGGAGUCGGAGCCGAUGAACGUAUAUGACCAAGUCUUGGAGGAAGUGUCAGGAAAGAAGACGGGAAAAGCGAAGCAAAGUGGUGGAAUGGAGGGGACGGGAUCAGAUGGAGAGAGGACAGAAGGUUUGAGCGAGGCUGUGAUCGUCGGUCCGAAGGAUUCGGAGGAGAGAGAGGUCUCUGCUGCUGACGUCGGCGCCACUGCCGCAGGGCUAGGGUUCUUCGAGGAGGAGGCGAUUGACGUCAGCAGGGAAAAGGACGACGUCAGCCUGGAAAAGGACAUUGUUGGCGGCGAAAAGGAGGACGUCAUUUCGGGACACGAUGACGUCAGCAUGGAAGAGGCGGCCGGCGGAAGCGGGCCGGACGUUACUUCGGACGAGACCGGACAGGUAUUCGAGAUUUCGGACAAGGGCGGUCUGAUGGCGGCAGCCGAGCGGGAGACGGACCCUGCGAUGAAGGAGACGCUCUUGAAGUUCGCUGGGCGAGCCGCCGACGAUGACGUCACAGCGGGCCCGUCCGGCUCCGGCGCUGACGCCAGCACGGCGCGCGGCGACGUCGACGGGAUUCGCGGGGCGCGUGCUGACGUCAGCGGGGGACGUGGCAUCGCCGGCAUGAUGGCCCGGGGCGGCGGCGGCGGCCGCGCGGGUAAGCGGGACGAGCGCGGGGGCCGGCCAGUGCGAAAGGCGCAGAAGACGGGAUUCAGCUGGGCGAAUUUGGGAAAGAACAAAGAGUACUGCCGCUGCUUGGAGCUCUCCGCGGGGGUGGACGAGCAUGAACGGACGACGUACAGCGCGCUCGAGUCGGUGAAGAAGUUCUUGGAAGAGAAGCUGACGGACGCGGGGGCAGAGCUGCGCUCGACGGGGGAGGCCGCGGUCGGAGGUGGAAAGAGUGAAGAAAAGUGACGGCUGUGAGAUUUCAGAUAGCCUGGAUAGAAAGGAUCUGGUGUCAAUUGUCGAGGUUGGGUGUGCAUGCAGGGAGUGGCUUGCUGCAAAGUGCUCAAGGACUUUGGUGGAGCAAAGGGGCGCCUUUGACCGGACAGUAUGUUCUGUUUAGGCCGCCACGGGAUGUGACUCAGGCGCAACCACCAAUAACGAGGGCUAAGGAUGAGGAACUCCUUUCAGCUGCCGAAUUCCGUUAGGUAAUGAAUUGGUGUACCACGUGGCGGCCCACACGAAGGAUGACGGCAACCGUCAUCAACGACUAUGGCGUGGGAUCGCACUCGUCCAUUUGUUAUGGGCUAAGUUCGCUAAGCCUGUUGCUGAUGAAAGUCAAUUGCUCAGAGAAUUUAGCUGUGCGGUGCGCGGCUCACCUGCAUG